AUGCGCGCCAAAUCGGUCGAGUCGAAACCCCCGCCGAAGCCCCGGAACGGGCUGUCGAAAACCGCGGGCGGGAAGAUCGCAAAACCGAAGAAAGUUGCGCUGCUCGCCAGCAGCGCGAAGAAAUCCAAACCCGCGCCCUCUAGUGGCGGUGCCAAGAAGCACCCGCCGGAACCCAAACCAAACCCCAAAAAGUCGAAGCCCAAAGAUGACACUCCAAAGGAGGAUAAAUCGAACGUAGUUAAACCCAAAGCAAACAAAAUAGUCAGAGAUUUAGUCAAGAAGCCGGUCAUCGACGGUAAAAUCGGUAGUGGAAAAGUCAAGCCCUCGGCGAGGACUAAAAAAGUAGUGAUUAGUGCGAAAGAUGACAAAGUCGCCACGAUCGAAUCGGUAGUUAGUGACGAGAAAAUCGUCGUAGAUGAAGAAGUAGUCAAGAAAAAGUCGCCGGUACGAAGCAAAGAGAAAGUGAACAAAAACAAGAUCCCUACACCGAAAAAGAAAAUCAUCAAGUUGAAAACGGUUAGUAAAGUCCUAGGUGACAAAAGCAAGAAGAUAGAAGCCAAAAGUCAACCCGAUGUAAAGAACCCUGCUGAUGUAGAACUUAACGGUCUGGAAACAGAACCAAUUAUCAGCUCACCGGAGCCUGAAAAACCAAACAAAAAUGGAAAAGCUAAAACAAAAGAUUUCAAGAAAGUCGCUAAUGGAGGGUGUUUACCGCUUACGAAGAAGACUGGUCCGAAACAGUUGGCACCGAAGGUUGCCAAAAAAGCCCCUCCCAAACUGAAGCCUGUUAAAACUAGCCUGAAGGGCGUUAAGAACGUGAUCAAGCCGAAGAAAGAACGUAAAAAGAAGGAGGCUAGAGUUUAUAGUUACAAUAACGACUCGUCUACUUCCGAUGAUCUUCCGCUAGAUGCACUGGUUGCCAGGCAGAAGAAUGGGUUGGUGCUCAAGUCAGAGCCACUCGAAACGGAGCUUAUUAACAGUAUUAGCAAAGUUGAAAGUGAUGCACCGAAGAAAGAGCCCCUGAAGAAAGUUAAGCAGAAAGAAAGCGAGAAGUCGAAGGACAAGUCUGAACCGGCGGUCAUUAAAAAAGAAACAGAAGUCAAAAAAGAAUCAGACUCGAAGAAAGAACCGGAAGUCAAAUCGAAAAAGGUCAAAACGGAAGUGAAAGACGAGGCUCCCGUCAAGAAAGAAACAAAAAAGAUGACGACGAAAGCCAAAUCAAACGAUUCGAAGAAGGGCAACACGAAGCCGGAAAGUGACGCCGAGUCCGCCGAAGACUCGAAAGUCGCGCAACCGGACUUCUGCCCGAACCUGCUGAAGAGCAUGAAGAAGGAGUUCUGCGAGCCGGAGCCGGUGAAGAAGUCCAAGCUGCAGAAGACGAAGAAGAACUUGAAAACGGUCGUCAAGAAACUGAAACCAAAGGCCUUGAAGAAGUCUCUAGUCAGCAAGCAGAAAGCUCUGAAGAAGAAGUUGUCCAAGCCGAAGACGAAAGCUCCGGCGGACGACGAGAGCGACAAGGCCGUGGCGAAGCGCACCAAGGCUCUCGCCCUGAACGGUGCCCGACGGCAUCGAGUGGCCUCCCUGAACGCCAUCGCCAAAGUGCACUGUCUCUACGAAAACGAGUCCCGCGGGGCCCUGACGGAGCUCCACGACGACCUCCUCCAGAUCACGGAGGAAGGUCGCGACCCGGAGCGCGUCUUCAAGAAGAUGACCCAGGUCUCGAAGCGGAUCCUCCGCUCGGCCCCUGGCAUCCGCUCCGUGGGUCAACACUGGGACAUGAACGGGAGCUCCUCGGACUCGGGCUCCUCGGAGGAAUCCGACAAGAGCGAGUCGGAGAAGAGCGAGGAGGAGGACGAGCCGCCGAAGCCGGUGAAGAAGCGACGGCGCCAGGCCGAGUGCAAGAUGGACCUGAAGGACAUGGUCGUCCGCAAGCGGAUGGCCAGCCUCAACGCCUCGGCCAUCCUGGCGGCGAGCUACUCCGUGGAGAAGCGGACCUCCACGUCGACGGUGUCGGUGCGCGAGGCGUCGUCGACGGCGCCGGGGCCGGCGAGCAAACGGAAAGGGCCCUCCGCGGCGGUGGCCGUCAAGGAAGCCACCCCGGCCAAGCGGAAGGUGGAGGUCAUCGUGACCCAGGACACGGACGUGACCAUCACCGGGGUCUACGUGGACUCGACGACGCGGAGUGCGCGCUCCGAGUACAGCAUGAAGUACCGCAUCUCCAGCACCAGCCACACGCAGACCGAGGCUGUGUCCACGGAGACACUCAUCCAUGCUGAGUGCGAUCGGCCAUCCUCGUCAGGAACCCCGCCGACACUAGCGGAGCAUCCUCAUCCUCACCCCCAUGCCCACGCCCACGGCCACCCUCACCUGCACCCACACCCGCACGCCCACCCGCACCCACAUGCCCAUCCUCACCCGCACCCUCAUCCACACCCACACCCUCAUCCGCACGUGCACGCUCACCCGCACCAGCACGAGCAUCCGCCUCAGCAGCCUCAGCAGCAGCCCAAGACGUACACGCCGCUGAACGCGCUGUCGAGCAUGCAGCCGCCCGGGAACCCGGGUUCCACUACCGAGUCGCCGCCCGCGCCCCCGGCCCCGCCGGGCCCCGGCCACGCUUCCAUGCCGGCCAACAUCCCGCGCUGCAACUCGGCCUUCUCCGCGCCACCCAACUUCCCCCCGACGCCCGUCCUCAACAAGGACUCAUCCUACAUUCACGGGGACGCGAAAGCUCUGCGCGCAGAUGAUUCCGUGAAAAUCCCGGACCCGGGCAUGGGGAUGAGGAGCAACACGGGAGGCUUCGGCUCCAGGAUGGAGCACCUAGCACUCCCAGCCCAGCAGCCACCACUCUGCACCCACCCUCAGCAGUCGCUUGCUCACUACCGCCAUCGCCGUGCAGCGAGCAUCCCGCGAACCUUGAGUGCCAAUUCAGCCUCGAUAUGCUUCAAUGCUUCGUCCACGUUGCCAAAUAGACGUAAGGAUCUCGUUGUCAGUUUUGACGACGAGUCGCAUCGUUGGUCCUGUGGUUGUAAAUUGUUCCAGGAGGGGGAGGAACUCGAGUCUUCACUCAUCGAGCAGUGUAGAGUACCCUCACCCGAGACAAGGAGAGACCCUUUAACUAACCUCUCGGUCGCAGGUAAGCAAAACUUCUUCAUGUUUAACCCGUUCUCCUCAGCCUCACUUAGCGAUUGUAGGUAA